AUGAGCGUAACAAAGAAAAUCACCUUGGUGGCGGAUACGGAUCCAUCAUCAUCAUAUAAUGGACUGUUUAUGGUAAUGAAAGUUCUUUUUUAUUUGUCACACUAUAGAUUUUUUGCAAAAGAAUCUGAAAUAUCAUUUUGCUUACGUUCAACUUUUCCUAGCGAAAAUAUGGAUCAACAUGAAAUAUCUAGAUUGUGA